AAUAUUGAUAAUUUAGAUAAUUUAAGAGAAUUUGCAAAUUUUUCUGAUUCUAAAACCGAACACCAAAACUUAGAACUCAAAAAUUUUAUAGAAUUAAAUAAGGUAGAAUCAAAUGCUGAUGAUGAGAAUGAAGAUAAGAAUAAUAAAGAACUUGAUGAAGAAUUCAAUGCUGAAGAAUUUGAUGAAUACAAAUUUGGUGCAGAG